GGUUUAGCUUUACAUUGGAAGGAAAAUUUUCAAGUUUUGUUUAUUAAAAAAGCAAAUCAGAGCACGAGAUUACAUCUAAUACUUUUUUUCUAGUCUCAUGGGAAUAGUGACGUGUCUUCCACUUGUUCUUGCCUGGACUUGCUGUAUAUCAGUGACAGAGUCCAGAGCUUCCCAAGUAUUCUCUGUGUCAACUGAUGCAAUCAAAGCGUACCUAGAUCUAAUGAAUGCAGAGAGAAAGCUCUACGGACUUGUACCCCUGGGCUGGAACAAUGUUUUGAGGAACAGGGCCAAUACGUAUGGCCUUAUAUGUGAUAAUCACAGAGGUUAUGGUGCACCAGCUGAUAAAUAUGGUCAACUUUUGUUCAAGACAAGCAAUAAAUACACCCCACAAAAUGGCGAUCUGGCUAGGAUGGCUGUGGCAGAGUGGCUUAAAGAAAAGAGCAGAUUGGACCCUCCUGCCUACCGCUGCACUACCAGAUCUAUUCUACAAUGCGCUCAGUACGCCCAGAUUGUGAAUAAAGACGCAAGACACGUUGGCUGUGGAGAGAUGCAAUGCUUCAGAAGAGUGGUCGUUUGUGGCUUUGACCAUCCAUUAAGUGGAACUGAGACCAAGAAACCAGGGACUUAACUCACUGUCCAAAAAUAAAGAUUCAGUUUUACACGGAC